UCAUUUUCACCCCGCUAUCUGUGUAUUUGUUGAAGCUUUUCUGCCCCACCAUAGAACAAAUAGCAAACAACAACGUCAUGGCUCUGAAAGACCUUCUCAAGAAGAAAGACAAAAUCAAAGACGACGACACCCAGCAAGUUCAGCAGCACCAGCAGCCGCAGCGCUAUUUCCAGCAAGAGCCUUUCCCUCCUCCUCCUAAUCCUCCAGAAUUUAAAUUCUUCCGCUCAGACACAUACACCACCGAAUCCAUUCAACCUCCGGGGCAACACCAAGCCCAGGCCGACUCGCACUCCCACCCCUUUCAUCCCGAGUCCCAAUCUCGAUCCGAAUCUCCUACAUCCUCGAAUCCCUCCUCGUCGUCGCGCAGUCCAUUUUCCCGCUUGCACCGUUUAUCCAAUGUCUCUUCCGCUGGGGCCAGCGAGAACUCACCCAGCCAAGAAUUGUCCCCCGCACAGGGUGAAAAGCGCGAACGCCGUCUUUCCCAGCGCCUGCAUCUGAACCGUGCUUCACGCUCCGCUAGCACCUCAUCCGUUAAUCUCCCAUCGCAUCUCCCGCAAAUCGCGCCAGACACGGGCGAUGCACAGGAUCGUGAGGCUCAGUGGGAGAAGAGGGCAACGAUCAUGGUACAGGGAGGCUUGAAUGGGACCGGUAUCAGACCCGCUAGCCCGAGAGGGGAUAUUGAGCAGCAGAAAGAGGGCGAUGAGAAUAUCCAAGAAGCUAUUCGACUACAUGAAAAUGGACAGCUCGCGGAAUCAACACGCAUGUUUGGCAAACUCGCAGAUCCCAAUGGCGCGAAUAAUGCGCUGAGUCAAGUGCUCUAUGGCCUCGCUCUUCGACAUGGAUGGGGUUGCGCGCCUGACCCUGAAAAAGCCAUAACCUACUUAUCCGCUGCAGCAUCCAACUCUGCCUCGAUUGAGGCCGAAGCUCUGAGCGCAGGGAUGAAAAAAGGGGGCGCUGCGAAAGGGGAGUUGGUGCUUGCCAUGUAUGAAUUGGCCAAUUGUUUCCGUAACGGCUGGGGAGUAGCCAAAGAUCCUGUCGCUGCUAGGCAUUACUAUGAGACUGCAGCAAAUCUAGGAGACACGGAUGCCAUGAAUGAGGCAGCCUGGUGUUACUUGGAGGGGUUUGGGGGGAAGAAAGAUAGGGCUGAAGGGAGCUCGUUGAGGCUGAAAUUAUCUUGA